UUUUGAAGAGUUCAUACAUGUUUUGCUCCUUUUCUAUCUUCCUCGUCUUCUCCGAACAUCCACAUAAUAAAGUUUUAAACCUCUGAUCCUCAUUUUCCUCAACCUUGGAGACACCAAUUAGAAGAGGUAACAGAGAACUCCUUGUACCAGCUCUGAGUGGUGCAUCCACUGUCAAAUGGGUGUAGUGAAAGGGGUGAUAUUGGAUGAGUCAGUACUCUUGACUGAAGGUGAUGUUGACAGAAAUGUAUCCUCACUACAACCAGGAGCUGAGUCUCUCAUCCGAACACUCUUCCUGUCCAGAAUUCAUACAGGAAUUGCUUAUGGUGGCAGCCUUCCGGAUGAAAAUGUGAGUAUUCUGAAAAGAAUUGCUAGUUUGUACUCACUUGAUUGCUUUAUCUUAAAUAAUCCUGUAAGUGAAGUUAUACCUGGAUGGAGUAAUACUAAUGAUGGAAGUAAUAUUUACCUGGCUUCUAAUAAGAAGGACUUCUUGCCUAAAUUAAGUGGCAAUAAUUGGCUAAUUGUUCUUCUGAAUGUUGGAGGUGAAAGUUUAUGUGAUACCGCAAACAUGCUUCAGAUUGAAAAUUUAGAAGAGUUGCCAUUGACCAUAUGCCACUUAAAUAAAAGAUCAGUUGGAACCAAUGCCGCCACGGUGGGUUAUAUAAUGAAGCCUUCUCGUGUGGAAGAUUUUGCAAAGAGGGGUGCAUUCCCUUUGUGUCCUACUCAAAAUGGGUUGAUGUUUAUGCCUCUUUCAUCCAAGCUACCUCUAUCAUCUCAAUUGAAGGAUGUUGACAUAGUUCUCCACAAAGCCACUGAUGAAAUAUUAUUUAUUGAAGAUAAUAAGCUUACUUUUACACAGAACAUGCAAGCAUUACAAAGAUAUUUGGAUCAGGACCAGGAUUUCUGUGUGAUUGAUCCUCUGAGUAACAUUUAUCCUUUAUUGGAUAGGCUGGAAAUUCAACAAGUUCUACUUGGCUUGGUAGAACUGAACACUGAAGGCAGAUAUUUGAUCAGAGGGGCUAAUUUUCUUAAGGUUGAUAAUUUUGACAAAUUUGAUUUUGUGACUGGACUAGCUGAAUCUAGAUUGUCUUUUCCAUGUAUAGUGAAACCCAAAGUUGCUUGUGGUGUCAGUGAUGCACAUAAGAUGGCAAUUGUUUUCAGAGUUGGUGAUUUUAAGAAUUUAAAUGUUCCUCUUCCAGCUAUUAUUCAGGAAUAUGUGGAUCAUUCAUCCACUUUGUACAAAUUUUAUGUGUUGGGUGAAAAUAUCUUCUAUGCUGUCAAGAAGUCAAUACCAAAUGCUGAUAUCUUGAUGAAAUUAUCUAAAGGUGAUGACCUCAAACCUCUAGUGUUUGAUAGCUUGAAAUCUCUACCCACUUCUGACAGCAUCAAGGAUUCUGGAGCCAGUGAUCAUAGUAUGAGAAGUAAUGUGUCUAUUGACCUUGAGCUGGUUACAGAUGCUGCAAAUUGGCUUAGGAGAAAGCUUCAUCUUACCAUCUUUGGUUUUGAUGUUGUAAUUCAGGAAGGUACUCAUGACCAUGUAAUUGUUGAUGUAAACUAUCUCCCAUCAUUUAAGGAAGUACCUGAUGACAUCUCUAUUCCUGCCUUCUGGGAGGCCAUUAGAAGUAAGUUUGACUGUAGGAUGUCUAAAUAA